UGGGGUUGGGUAGCCUACUAUAACGCCAAACGAAUAUUGUAAUAUAGAGAGAAAGAGAGAGAGAGAGACUCACAGCUCGAGUGCGUGGCUUCUCUUCUCUUCUGGCUGUGCUUGUUUAAUUAGAGAGAGAGAGAGAGAGAGAGAGAGAGUAAUAUAGUUAGUCGUAGUAGUGAAAGAGUCGAAGAGGGUCCAUUGUCCACCACCAUCAAUCUACACUUGUCUUCACCCCCUUUGUGUUGUUAGUCUCUACUUUACUAGUUCUAGAGAGAGAGAGACAGAGACAGAGGGAUUUUACAGAUGCUCUGUAAAUGGGGAAAGGUGAAUUGCAAAAUCUGCGGCAACAGCAGAGCCAUGAUGAGUUCGACCACAAUCGAGACUCUUCGGGAUUUUUCUGUGCGGGAUGUUCUAUGGUUCUCUCCCGAUUCGCCAAAGAUUUCAGUUUCAAAUGCGUCUUUGUUUUGAUUUUGACUCUAUCGAUAUUGGUCUCUGGGAUCUUCUGGAUCAUUCCUCAUCGUGUAACCACCUACGGAUUUGAUGCCCAAGAAGCCAUUAAACUCAGUGCCUCUGCCAAGGCGUAUUUUAUAUUGGAGAAGCCUGUUUCAGAGCUUGUUCCUCAUGUUGGACAAUUAGAAUAUGAUAUCAAUGCAGAAAUAGGUGUCCCAGAUACAAAGGUCGCUAUUUUAUCAAUGCACCAAUCAGGUGUGCCCAACUGGACUGCCGUGGUGUUUGGUGCUUUGCCUGAUCCGAUAAAUGCUCAAAUAAGUCCAGUGUCCUUAAGUGUGCUGCGAUCUUCUUUGAUUGAGGUGUUUAUGAAACAAAUCAACCUUACGCUAACAACAUCAAUUUUUGGGCAACCAUCUGCAUUUGAGAUUCUUAAGUUUCAAGGAGGAGUCACUGUAAUUCCCAUGCGAUCUGCGUCAAUUUGGCAGAUACCUCAGAUUCUGUUUAAUUUUACACUCAAUAAUUCCAUUUCUGAGAUAUUGGAAAAUAUUGUUGAGUUAAAAAAUCAGUUGAAGUUCGGUUUGCGACUAAGACCCUAUGAGAAUGUAUUUGUGCAAAUAACAAACAAAAUUGGUUCGACAGCAGCUGCUCCUGUAAUUAUUCAGGCAUCUGUCAUGUCUGAUUUCGGGAACCUCCUGCCUCAGAGAUUAAAACAGUUGGCUGAAACACUUCAAGGAUCUCCUGCAAGAAAUCUUGGCCUUGAUAACUCUGUCUUUGGUAAAGUUAAAAGCAUCAGUUUGUCUAGUUAUCUUAAAGGUACAAUUUCUUCAAUUCCUCCAAGUCCUUCUCCAGCUCCAGGACCAACUGAUCAUGCACAUUCAUCAAUUUCCCCAAUCCCGGCUCCAACUUAUUCUCCAGCACCCUCACCUUCUGUCCUUGAUCCCCAACCAUGUGUUAACUGUGAAGCUUCUUCUCCAACACCAUCAGAUGCUUUGCAUUCUCCUCAACCUUGUCCAUACCAUGGUUCUAGAGUUUCUCCUAGCUCAUCACCAACCUCACCUACUAACUCAAUUACUCCUCCGGCUUAUGCUCCUAGUCCUCACUCACGACCUAUGGGUCCCAAAUCUCAGUUAUCUCCAGACGCUUCAGCUGUACCUGACGUGCACCGUGCUCCAAGUCCAGGUGAAAGCAAGGGGCGCACAGAAGGCUUGGUGUCUUCAUCAAUUGCUCCAUCUCCUUCAUCUUCAGCAUCAAGUCCUUUAAACAAGGGAAUCUGGUCAAUAGGAUUCUCAGCACUAAUCAUCUUUCAUCUCCUUAGAUGGUCAUGUUAAUAAAGCCGCGUUCACAGUACGAUCCUCAAAGUUUCAUAAACACACAAACCCACACAACAUACUAAUUUCUUAUCUCCAGUUUUGUUUUGGCAAGGAGGUUAGAUUGGCCCUUAAAAAAGAUUUGACAGGUUCAUUAUACUUUGAGUUGAGAGCAGUUAUAUAUAUAUAGGUGAAAUCAGGAGAUAAAUUACAGGUCAAAGCCAGAAGGUGGCAGGCCUCUGAUCUAGCUUGUACAUUUCUGAUCUCCAAAAAAAUGGUGGUUAUACUCUCUUCGUCCCGAACCGAAGAGUUAUAAGAGUUAUGCUGGUUUGCAUUAUCAGCUUGCAGAAUUCAAAAAGGAUCUGUUAAGUAAAACUGUAAAAAAAAAAAAAUGUGAAGGUUCUUUUUGAGCCUCUGCAAUGCUGGCAAAAGCCAAAAUGUGGUUUUUGCCUAAAGGAAUAGGUUUAGUGUCACAUAAAUUUAUCAACUUUACAGCCUAAUAUGAAUAUAAACAUGUUGAGUUGUUGAUA